AUGGCUAUGUUAUUUUGGAUAAAGAUAAAGAUUUAAGAUAAUUAAUUAUAUUGCAUGAAAAUCUGGGAUCAUUCCAUAAAUAAUUAAAGAUAUACAAAGACUACAAUGAGUUUUACAAGUAUCAGCUUUAACUAUUAUUCAAAGAUAUAUAAAACAAUAAUUCAUAGAUAAGACUAUAAUUAGACAUACUUUGAAGAGUGA